AUGAAUAAAAGCAGCUUGAAUUCAUCAAAAAUAAAGUAACUCUCAUCAGGUGCUCCUAUCGAGGUUGUUCCAAGUGAGAUCAUAUUUAAGGACAUAUAAAUCAACUAGACUUAUGAAAUAACAGUGUUUAUUAGAAACCUGACUUAGACAGCUCGAAGGAUAAGAGUAUUUUAACCUCAUUCAAAUUUUCGAUGCGAUUAUGAAAUGCAAGGGUAAUAAAGGAUUCUUAGAUUUAAGAGCAAUAGCAGCAGGACUAUCAAUGAAGUUGAUAGUGACAUUUGAGACAGCAAAUCUGGAAUGUUACUCUGACAGUUUGAAAAUUGUAACUGAUGGUUAAUAUAGUGUUGAUAUUCCAUUACAUGCAUUUCCAGCAACAGCAGCGUAUUAUAUUUAACUAAUUAAGUAUAAUCUAUGAACCCUUUAUAAACUUGGGAUUCGUUCGUGUUGGCAAAGAGAAGAUGGAUAAAAUCCAUUUCAAGAAUGAAGGUAAAGCAGCUGGAAAGGUUGAAUUAAAAUUAGAAAAGUUACCUGACUUUAGAAUAGAUCCUAAUUCAUUUACAUUAACACCAGGCUAAGAAUUUUCAGUGUCAGUAUUCUAUAAACCUAAAGAUGCUGGAAUAUUUAGAGGUAUUGUUGAAGUUAUUGCUGAUGGUUAAUUAAGUGGAUUGAGUCUUAAGAAUCCAAUUGAUAUUAAUGCUACUUCAAUAGAAUUUACUAGAUUUUUAAUAGAUUAAAGUGGAACUCAAAAUAAUCAUUUUGAUUUUGGUACUAUCUAUUAUGGAUAAUAAAAAUAAAUUGAAGCUUAUUUAGUGAAUAAUACACCAAAAUAAUAAAAAUUCAAAGUUAAAUUGAAAAAAGGUUUACAUGAAAGAGAAGAGACACUCAAAUUAUAGACUCCUGCAGAAUUAGGUUUAGAAUAAACUGAAAGAAUUAUGGAAUGUUGGCCUGAAGAAGGAACAAUUGAAUCUUAUUCAUAAGCAUCCAUUAUAUUUAAAUGUAAACCUAAAGUAAGUGAAGAAUUAUAAGUUCGUACAAGAUAAUAUGCUAUGAAUUAAGAUAAAAGAAUGGAUCCAGAUCAAUUUUAAUAUUCUGCAAUCUUUGAUUUUAAUGAUGAUGAACCAUUAAUGAAUCAUUUAUCUGUUAAUUGUAUUUGUCCUUAAAUUAAAUUUCCACCUAUUUAAGCUUUAUAGUUUGGAUAAUGUGGAGCAAAUUUAUAAAAGGAUAUGGUUUUUGAAAUUCAAAAUUUAUCNUGUAAUGCAAAUAAUAUAUUAUUAUAGAAAUGAAUAAAAGCAGCUUGAAUUCAUCAAAAAUAAAGUAACUCUCAUCAGGUGCUCCUAUCGAGGUUGUUCCAAGUGAGAUCAUAUUUAAGGACAUAUAAAUCAACUAGACUUAUGAAAUAACAGUGUUUAUUAGAAACCUGACUUAGACAGCUCGAAGGAUAAGAGUAUUUUAACCUCAUUCAAAUUUUCGAUGCGAUUAUGAAAUGCAAGGGUAAUAAAGGAUUCUUAGAUUUAAGAGCAAUAGCAGCAGGACUAUCAAUGAAGUUGAUAGUGACAUUUGAGACAGCAAAUCUGGAAUGUUACUCUGACAGUUUGAAAAUUGUAACUGAUGGUUAAUAUAGUGUUGAUAUUCCAUUACAUGCAUUUCCAGCAACAGCAGCGUAUUAUAUUUAACUAAUUAAGUAUAAUCUAUGAACCCUUUAUAAACUUGGGAUUCGUUCGUGUUGGCAAAGAGAAGAUGGAUAAAAUCCAUUUCAAGAAUGAAGGUAAAGCAGCUGGAAAGGUUGAAUUAAAAUUAGAAAAGUUACCUGACUUUAGAAUAGAUCCUAAUUCAUUUACAUUAACACCAGGCUAAGAAUUUUCAGUGUCAGUAUUCUAUAAACCUAAAGAUGCUGGAAUAUUUAGAGGUAUUGUUGAAGUUAUUGCUGAUGGUUAAUUAAGUGGAUUGAGUCUUAAGAAUCCAAUUGAUAUUAAUGCUACUUCAAUAGAAUUUACUAGAUUUUUAAUAGAUUAAAGUGGAACUCAAAAUAAUCAUUUUGAUUUUGGUACUAUCUAUUAUGGAUAAUAAAAAUAAAUUGAAGCUUAUUUAGUGAAUAAUACACCAAAAUAAUAAAAAUUCAAAGUUAAAUUGAAAAAAGGUUUACAUGAAAGAGAAGAGACACUCAAAUUAUAGACUCCUGCAGAAUUAGGUUUAGAAUAAACUGAAAGAAUUAUGGAAUGUUGGCCUGAAGAAGGAACAAUUGAAUCUUAUUCAUAAGCAUCCAUUAUAUUUAAAUGUAAACCUAAAGUAAGUGAAGAAUUAUAAGUUCGUACAAGAUAAUAUGCUAUGAAUUAAGAUAAAAGAAUGGAUCCAGAUCAAUUUUAAUAUUCUGCAAUCUUUGAUUUUAAUGAUGAUGAACCAUUAAUGAAUCAUUUAUCUGUUAAUUGUAUUUGUCCUUAAAUUAAAUUUCCACCUAUUUAAGCUUUAUAGUUUGGAUAAUGUGGAGCAAAUUUAUAAAAGGAUAUGGUUUUUGAAAUUCAAAAUUUAUCAUAAGAAUUACCAAUCCUUAUAUCUUUUCCAAAUAUUCCAUAUUUCACUGUAACUCCUCCUAUUAAAAAUUUAAAUUAAUCUGAAAAAAUUAAUUUUUGGGUAAGUUUUAGACCUAAACAUAUUGGAUAAUUUUGUAGCACUUUGAAUGCAGAACUUUUAGGUGGAGUAUAUAAAAUACCUAUUAAAGUUACAGGGACAUGUUAAUAAAUAUUACCAAAACCAUAAUUUAGAAGAGGUCCAGAAUCUUAACCUUAAGAUUUUGAAAUUACUAAAGAUAGAUCUAUUUCUGGAAUUGUUAAAACAUAGACAGAUAAAGUUUAAACUUUUGAUUUAUCACGUUCUGUUGUUUCAAUUGCUCAAUAAAGUUUGGAUAAAAUCGAUGAUUUAAAAUUAAGCAAUAAGGAAAAAUACAAUGAAUAUUUAAAAGGACAUCGAGCAUAGAGAAUUAAAAAAGAAAAAGAAUAGAUGAUUAAAUUAAAAUUCACUUAAAUGACAGAAAAAUUAAAUUAAAUUAAGAAUGAAUCAUUAAUUUUAUAGAAAAAGAAAUAAUAAGCAACAGAAGAAGAGAAACCAGAACCUCCAAUAGAUUAUGAAUUUGUUGUUGGAAUGCAUGAAGAUGGUUAUGAAUAAGAUUUAAAUCUUCCAGAGGCAAAUGAAUCAUUAUUUGUCACAAAACCAAUUUAUCAUUAUGAACCUAUUACUAGAGUUAAAGAAGGAAAUCUUAUUAAACCAUUUGAUCCUGAUCCUAAAACUGUUCCUAAAAAGAAAUUUCCUGAUGAACCUAAAACACAUAGUGAAAUUAGGGAUACAUCAUGUGAAUUAACGGCAGAAUAAUUACUUAAAAUAAGUGCUGGACCUGUUAAAAUUGAUUUUGGGAAUAUUUUUAUAAAAUCUUUAGCAACUAAAUAUUUCUAUGUUCGAAAUGAAUUAAGAAGUUCUAUUGCUGUUAGAUUAUAUUCUGAUCGUGAAGAUUUUGCUUAAUCAUAUAUGAAAUCAUAAAUAAUUCCAAGUGGAUAAACAGCAGGUUUUGAUAUAUGUGUGAAUUCAAGGUAAUUAGGAUAAUUGAAAUCACAUGUAAAAUAUAUUGUAAAUGAGAAACAUGUUUUUGAAAUUUAAAUAUCAGCUACAAUAGAAAAAGUGUUUUUAGAAAUGAGUAGGUAAUAAGUAAAAUUAACUUUUACAGAAGAUAAUGCAGAAAUGGAGACUAUGGAAAUCUUGAGAUUAACUAAUAAUGGAAAUGCAGAUGCUAAAUUUAAAUGGAUAACAUCAGAUAAAAAGACAUUUUCAGUUAAGCCAGAAGAUGGUGUAGUUGCAUUUGGAAAGUAUUAAGAAUGUUAAAUAAUAUAUCGACCAUCUUUGGGAAAUAAUCAAUAAUAAAAUACAAUUUUAGCACCUGGUUAAUAAUAAUAAUACACAGCUGCUAUAACAAGAACUGAAGAAGAAAAAAUUACACUAAAAACAGAAGAAGGAAUAGAUUAAAUUGUUAAAUGUUUAGGAGUUGUGACUGAACCAAAAUGUUCUGUAAAAUAAGCAUCUUUAGAUUUCAAAGACGUUGUUGUAUGUAAACCUGAAACAAAAAUAAUAAGUUUAAAGAAUCAUUCAAAAUCUACAGCAGUAUUUGCAAUAAAAUCAUAAAUAGAUUGUAUUGAAGUCACACCAAUGAAAGGUAGAAUUCAUUAAGAAGAAACUAAAGAUAUUUAAGUGAAGUUCUUAAGUAAAGAGGAGAAAAUAAUUAAAGGAGAAAUUAUAAUUUAAAUAAGAGGUGGUAAAUUAUUGUAAGUUCCUUUCUAAGCUUAAUCAAUUAUUCCCAAAAUAGAAAUAGAGUAAGAUCAUUUUGAAUUUGGGAAUGUUACCACAUUAGGUACAAGUAAUUAAAUGCCUUUAACACUUGUUAAUUCUUCUCCUGUGAGUGUAGAAUUAGUUUUAGAUUUGAGACCAUAAAUAGAAAAUCCAAAAGCACCUGAUGGGAUAGAUUGUUUAGAAUUUAAACCAUAAGAUGAUGAUGAUACUAUAAUGCAUUCUGUUCAUCCUGAUUAAGAAGAUGAUGAACCUAAAGAAGAAGAUCCAUUAGAUGAUGUAUCUGAAAAAUCUGAACCUAUUGAAGUUGAAUAAAAGAUUUACCGAUAAUAUAAUAUUUCUAUUGGAGCAGGUAAAUCCUAAUAAUUUUUUCUUCGUUUUUCUCCAAAAGAAGUUAAAUAAUAUUCUUUUGAUAUUCCUUUAACUCUUGCAAGAUUUGGUAUAUUACCAACUUUAUUAAGAAGGGUUACUUGUAAAGGACUUAAACCAAAAUUUUUAGUUGAACCUUAAUCUAUUGAAUUUAAAAAGAAAAUAAUUACUUCUCCAGAUAAAUGUUUUCCUACAGUUGAGGAAAUUAAAUUAUCUAAUCCUGAUAGAAGAGAUGUUCAUUGGAAAAUAGAUGCAUCAUCUUUAAAAUCUGAAAAGAUCUUUUCAAUUGAACCUACAGAAGGUGUUGUUCCUAGUGGAUAACAAUCUAAAAUUAGAAUAAAAUUUAAUCCAUAUGGACCUGGAUAAUUUAAUGGAAUUGUUUAAUUAUAUAUUUUAUCUGAUCCUGAUAUACCUCCUACUUUACCAUAUGUAGAAAUUUAAUUAGGGGGAUCUGGGGCAUAUCCUAGAUUAUUAUUUGAUAAAAAAGAAAUUAUUCUUCCAGUUGUUCCGCUUGGUAUUUAAUCUAGAUGUUUCUUUCGUAUCAUUAAUGAUGGAUAUGAAAAUUUAAAUUUAAAAUAUAAUUGGGCUUAAGAAAUUAGUAAUUUCAAUCUAGAUCUUAAAUUUCCUGAAGGAACAACUUUAGGUGUAGCUAAAAGUAAAUUAAGAGUUGAAGUUAUUUUUAGUAAUAAAAAACCUUUGAGUUUUACAACUAGAGUUGAAUUUAUUGAUGAAGCUAGAGUUUAUUCAAUAUAUAUAUCUGGAACUACAGAUAAUUGUAUUUUUACUAAUCAAACUUUCCUUUGGAGAAUGGGAAGAUAUUAAUUAGAAGUAGAAGAUAAAAAACCAAUUCUAUAUGUUGAAGAUGAAAAUGUAGAUUCUGACAAUGAAAAAAAUGCAAAACAUAGUUUCUCUGUAAGAUCAAGUACUUCAUCUAAAGGUACAGCCAAUUUAGGUUAUACUCCUGUUAGAAGAGAACUAUUUGAUUAAGCUUGUGAAUAUAUCAUUAGAUGGCUCAAUUAUCAUGUACUUACUACUACUAUUACAAUGUAUCCUGAAGAGGUUAUAAAUUCUAAUGGAUAAUAAAUCUUUGAAUUGAUCACUUUCUUAACAGGAAAAUAGAAUUUCUCAUAUAAAUAAAAUAUUGAUCCUAAUUGGAAGAAAUCCUAAAGAGCAGAAGCACUAUAUAAAUAAUAUGAUGAAAUGAUCAGAUAAUUAAAAAUAGAGGGGGCCUUAUUAAAUCAUAUUAGAUCAGAAUAUUUAUUAAGUUAUUAAGACUAUUUAGCUUGGUUAAAGGUUUAACCAGUAAAUAAAUUUGAGAAUGUUCCUGAAAAUAUGUUAAGACUUAAUCCUACAAAAUAUAAUUAUUUAUAAUAAGAUGCUUGGAUUUCUUUAUUCUAUCAAAUUAUGAAAAUCUAUUAUUUAAAUCGAAUCACUGUCAAAGCAUUUAAAGCGCUACCUGGAAUUCCUACAUAAAAAUUAAAUAUACCUGAAUAUUAUUUAGAAGGAUCCAAUCUUAUUUCAUAACCAGAAAGUAUACUUCUUUAUUUUUAUGAAAUAUGUUAUGAAAUGCAACAUCAAAUGCCUAGACGCAUCAAAAAUUUUGAUUAAGAUUUCAGAGAUUCUAUAAUUAUUUCAGAUUCUCUAACUACUUUCAUUGGACCUUCCAUGAAUAAAUUCUUUAAUAAUCUUCGCAAUACUUGUAAUCAUGAAGAUGAUUAUAAGAAUAACACUGAAAAAUUGAUGCCAGCAUUAUUAGAUUUUGGUCUUCAAUCUCACAUUUAACCCACUGAUAUCUAUCGUCCUUAAUGCAGAGAAAUGAUUAUGUUAUUAGUUCAAUUAUUCUUUUCUCUACCUUAUUACAUUCCUUAAAAAGAACCUAUAUUCUUUUCGUGUGUGUUAGGUGAAGAAGUAGUUAAAAGUAUUGAACUUAAGAAUCCAACUCAAAAACCAAUAAGUUACUGGGUUAAAUAUGAAGGUCAUCCAGAUUUUUAGUUAGAAGGAGAUGAAAGUAUUAAAAUUGAACCAGAUGUACCUUAUUAAUACAAAAUUAAAUUUACAUCAAGAAUAUCAUAACCAGUUUCUGGAAGAGUAAUUUUCACAAAUAAAAAAGAAUCAAAUAUAUAAGCAGCUGCUUUAGUUUUUGAAUUAAAGUCAAGUAUAACUGGUAGAAAAUCUGAAAAAUAAUGGAAUGUAAGUUCAAUCUUAUAUGAAAUCUUUGAUUUUCAAAUUUAAAUAACAAAUAAAUUCUUAUAAGAUGGUGAGUUUUAAAUAAUUAUAACUCAUGAGAAAAAAUAAAUUGAAUAAUAAAAAAAGAAGGGUAAACUUAAUUAAUAAUAAAUCAUCAGUUAGGAAGAAGAAUUUCCAGCAUUUUUUUGUUAAUAAGAGAAAGUACGCAUCCGUAAGAAUCAAACUAUUAAUUUAAAUUUACAAUAUAUUCCAUUAACAAUGGAUACUCAUAAAUGUUAAAUAGUUUUAACAGAUCCAUAAGUUGGUGAAUUUUAACAUGAUUUAUAAGGAACAGUUGAAUUACCUAAUUUAUCAGGUGAAUUUAAACCUGAAAAACCAUUAUAUGUAGAUUAAAAUAUUUAAAUUUCAUAUCAAAUACCUUUUAAGAAUGAAUUUAUAAUAAGAGCAAGACAAUAAAUUUAAUAGAUAAUGUAAAUAAAAUAGAAGAAUAAAUAAUAAUAAUUAGGUGGAGACAAAACAAAUACUUAGAAUAAUUUUUUGAAUAAAUUAGUUUUUCCAGGUAGUAAUAUAGAUUCAAUAACAUUUGAAUUGGAAGUAUUUCCUCAAACAUAAUAUUUAUAAAUUCCUUAAAUAUUGACAGUUGGAGAUGGAAAUAAGAAAUAAGUAGAUCGAAAUAAUGAUGGUAAAUUGCCAAUAACAUAUGCAUUUAAAAAUGCAACAAAAGAUUUUAGUGUAAUAUUGACACUAAAAAAUAAAUAUGAUAUAAGGAGAUACAAAUUAUCAGCUUCAGUUCUACCAAAAGUAGUGAAAGCAACAUUAGAAUUUAGAGUACCAGCUCGAUAAUAAGUAAUUUAAGAGAUUCCAAUAGUAAAUAAUUCAGAUAAAGAAUGGAGUAUAAAAGUAUAAAUGAUUCAACCAUAAGAUGGUUUAUUUUAAUGUCCAAAUAAAGAUUUUUAUGUGAAAAAGAAAUCAACUGGAUUAUUUCCAAUAACAUUUAAUCCAUAAUGGAUAGCAUAAAGUGAAGCAAGAUUAGUAUUGACUAAUCCAUAAACAAAUGAUGUAUUUGAAUAUGAUUUGAUUGGAGUAGGAGAAGAACCUGUUGCAGAAGAACAUAUAAUUUUAAAUUGUUAAGCUAGAAAAUAAAUGAAAAGAGAUAUUGAGAUUAAAAAUAAUUCAGAUAAGGCAAUCACUUAUAAAGUAGAAACUGAUUUAAUUUACGCAACUGGUCCAUCUACAAUUACUGUAUAAGCAGGAAAGAAAGCUAUUUAUUAGUUAACAAUCUAACCAGUAUUAUCAGGGUAAUAUACUGGAUCAAUUACUUUUACAGAGGAAAAUGGGAAAUAUUUAUGGUAUACUGUUUUUAUGAAUACUGAAUCACCAAAAUCUAUAUAGACUUUAGAAUUAUCAUGUUUAAUUAGAUAAGCAACAGUUAUUUAAUUAACACUUGCUAAUCCAUUAUCUGAAACAACAAUUUAUGAAGCUAUAAUAAAUGGUGAUGGUUUGAUAGGAGAAGAUUAAUUUGCAAUAGGAGCAAAUAAAGAAGGAAAUUAUGAAUUAACAUUUGCUCCUCUAAAAGUUGGAAGAUGGAGAGGUAGUGUUGCAUUUGUUAAUCGUUAACUUGGUGAAGUAUGGUAUGAAUUCAUAUUAACAUGUGAAGAAUAACCAAUAAUUAAAUUAAAUGUACUCAAAGCUUCAUUAGGAAAAGUAGAAUAAUAAAGUAUCAUAUUAGAAAAUCCAUCGGAUUCUAAAAUUACUUUAUAGUAUAGAAUAUCUAAUCCUACUAAUUUUGACAUCUCUCCAAAUGAAUUAAUUAUACAACCUUAUGAUAUUUUAAAAGUUAAUAUUAGAUAUACACCAUCAUCACUUGAUUAAAUAGAAUAAUCUGAAAUUAUAUUCACAUCUCCAAUAGGAAAAUGGCAUUAUUUAGUUUUCGGUAAUGGUUUACCACCUACCAAAUUCCCAGCUACUACUGUUAGUAUAGGAUUAAAUAAAGAUUAUAGUUCUGUUGUCCAUUUUAAAAAUCCUUUUAAAGAUCCUAUUACUGUUAAAGUUGAAUUAGAAGCUGAAGGACAUAAUAAAGAAGUAUUCAAAUUACUUACAACUAAAUGUGAUAAGAUACUUGUUCCUGGAAUGAAUGUAUUACAAAUUCCAUUCUCAUUCGUCCCUAGAGAAAUUACUUGCUAUUAUACUGAAAUUAUUAUAUAAAUGAAUGAAAAGAUUUCAUGGAAUUUCCCUAUUAAAGGUGUAACAGAAAGUGUUUCCAAUUAAACCUUAUUUCAUUUUAAAGCUAAAUGUAGAGAUAAAUGGGAAGAUGAAAUCAAAAUUGGUCUAUAAGGUAUUGCUUAAAGUUUACAAGCUGAUGAUAAAUUUGAUUUUGAACUAGCAAAUAUUCCAGUAGAUUUAUAACAAAUGAUUAAUAAAUGCUUUAGUGUUAAAUGUACUAAAAAUUACCUUAAUAAUCCUCAUGAAAAUCUUUAAUAUUCAAUUAGAUUUUAACCAAUGAAACCAUUUAAAGCCAGCCUUGAAUUCAUUGUUUUAAGAUAAAGUGGAGGCAGAUGGAAGUAUUCAUAUUUUAUAAAUAUUUAUUAGAUAUAAAAUAGUAUUAGAAGCCACACAACCUGACGAAGAUGAUGUCAUUAUAAUCAGUUCACCAUUGAAUAAGACUACUAGUGUAUCCUUUAAAUUAACUAAUAAAAUAAAAGGUUAUGCUAAAUUUUAUGCUGGAUUCACUCCUGAAUCUGAUGCUGAAUUUUCAGUUAUACCUAAAAUUGGUGAUCUUGAACCAUAUGGUAGAGAAGGUACUACUUUUGUUAUUUCAUUUACUCCCAUAGAAUAUGGUAAAAUUAGAAAAGGGAAAUUAGUCAUUCAAACUGAAGACAUGUAUUGGUACUUAAUUUUUAUUAAUGCAGGUCUUAUUUAAUUAAAGGCAUUCUUCCCAGAUAUGUCCCUCCUUAAAUAAAAUAAUCCAAUAUAGAUAAUCACUUAAAUAAAUCACAGUUUUAACAAUCUACUAUUAUUGAUUAAUCCAAAAACUAUGUUGUUGAAAACAUCAAAAAAGCUAGAUAACUUACUCCACCAUCCAAAAGAUUAAAUUUUUUAGAAGCUUCUUUUAUCAAAAAAUGA